AUUAGCGGGUCAUUUCAAAUUGCCUGGGGUCGGAUGGGUCAAAGGAUCCAUUUUCGUAAUUACGCAAAACAAUCAGGGCUAUUUAAGUCAAUCCAUACUGAAUUAGGGUUUAAGCUAUAAACCCUUUAAGCAGCCGUGAAGUUCGCCGUUCGCCGUUCGCCGUCACCAAGAAAUGGCUUACCUGCAAUACAGUAGGAAUACUCUCCGGCAACAGCUGAAGAAUGUGAAAACCUCGUCAGCUAUCUCUGAGAAUUACAAGGGUGGAGACGUACAAUUGCACCAUCCACUAUUUUACGCUGCCCAAGGUGUUCGAUACAGAAAAUUACAAGUCAUUCUCACUACUAGUAUAGACAAGCUUGGAAAAGCAGGGGAAACUGUGAGAGUAGCACCGGGAUAUUUUCGCAAUCACCUUAUGCCGAAAUUGCUGGCUGUACCUAAUAUUGACAAGUACAGGCAUCUCAUGGAAGAUCAGAGGAAGAUUUACCAACGUGAGGAAGUUGAAGAGGUUAAAAUAGUUCCAGUGACCAAGGAAGAUAUGAUGAAAGGAUACCAGAUGGCGGCAAACCGCCUAGAUAAAACAAUGUUGGUGCUAAGAAAGCUUGUGAAGAAACCGUUGACGAAAGAUGACAGUGGUAGGACUUUCGUUCAGCAACCUGUUGGAAAAGAUGAAAUUGUGGCUGAGGUGGCGAGACAGAUCUCUGUUCAUAUUGAACCUGAACAUUUGGUUCUGGAUACACCUCUGGACGUGAUGGGUGAGUUUGAAAUACCACUGCGGAUGCCGAGAUCCAUUCCUUUGCCGGAAGGUAAGGUCCAAUGGGUUCUGCAAGUCAAAAUUAGGGGCAAAUGAAGAGAACACUUCCAAGAAAAUCCAUAAUGCAGAAUAGCUGUGACGUAAAUUAAAUGAUCGCGGCGUUCGAAUGUGAUCAUGGCCUAAGCUUUAUUGUUUCUGUAGUGUUAGCAUAAAUUCUUUAGUUAUAUGCAUAAAUUACGUAUAUGUACACAUACAAAAAUUAUACAGUUUCUCUGCUAUUAUUUUGGUGGAUGGAUGGCUAUGCAGUGUAAAAAUUCUUUUAAUUUAUUAGUGUUAUUUUUAAAAGCAUGCUAUAUGCAUGGAAGUUAUCGUCA